GCUGUUCGUGCAAAUUUGUGCAACAACCAGAGCAGACCCCAUGAUGAUCUUUGCGAGACGAACGGGUCGCGAGGAGGGUUGCCGGCCUUUAUUUACGAAACUCGUGGGCAUGAACAAACAUGCUUAGGCAGUGGUGGGAAUUCAGGCCAAGGCCGUGAUUAUGGGAUGAUCAGGUCAUCGUCGCGUCAGGAUUUUCCACAGUUGCCGCCCGUGUGGUCCCCGAAGACACCAGCAUCCUGCCAUACCUCUUUUGGGGUCCUGAUCGUUGGCUUUCCGCGGCAGGCCGUGAACGCUUGGACAGUGCUCGGGCUCGAACCACUCGGCGGCAACGGCUUACCCGUCGUGAACGAAAGACGUCGGUUUGUCAGUGUAGUGAAACAAGACUCGCGCAGACAUACAUCCCCGAGCUGA